AUGGAGCAUCUGAACCGCUCAACUUUGUUUUUGGUGUUCCGUCUGGUCCCGAUUCUUAGUAUUCCAUUAUAUCUGUUCGCUUGGCUUCUGGUAACCAGAAAUAAGUCGAAGGUGGUUCAAGCCGUCAGGAAGCAUUUUUUAAGGCAGAUGUUGAUAAACUUCAUUUCCGUUGUCCUUCUCUGCGUUGUGGUAUGUCCAAUUCUAAUUCCACCAAUUCCUGGAUAUUACAUGACUGGCUUGUUGGCCUCAUUCGACGCCAACUAUGAUACCAAUGUAGCAAUUCCGCUGGUUCUCAUGACACAUGUUGUACUGAUGGUCGCUCUUGCAAUCAUGCAAUUAUUCAAACACCAACUUGUCACCAUAUCCGACUUACGUCAUACUAGAAAAUUCGAGCUUCCUGUCAAAAUCAUUCGAUGGCUUUACAAAAUUUGCUAUCUUGUCAUGAUCCUGGUGGCCACAACUAUCUUACCAGCUCUAACCAUUGAAUUUGAGUUGGAAGGGUUCAGGAAAGGAGCCUAUGAGUACUUCCAAAACCCGGUAUGUCUUUGCCCAGACAUGUUUAUUGCGGACCCACGGCACUGGAAAAUCUUAGUUCCAUACUGUUGGUCGAUAACAUUCGGAGCAUUGUGCUCGAUUACUGGUCUCAGCAGUGUCAUUACUUGUCUUGUCAUAAUUUAUGAUUCUCGGAAGAUGGUGUCGAGAGAGACUUUGAUUAUGCAGAGGAACUUUACACUCAGUUUGCUUUAUCAGGCAUUGGUGUGCAUCGUAUUCAUAGUGAUGCCACUUGCUUCCGUGUCCACUUUGUUCUAUACGGACAUUCAUAUUGAAGAGCACGGUCUCUACUACCUCCUGCUCAUCUCAUCCCAAGGAGCAGUCAACAACAUGAUGCACAUCGUUCCGGGGUUAUGGAGGAAGUUACGGAAGAAAGGAACUGCGGACCAGUCGAGACAAAGUUGGAAAAACAGUUCGAUGUGGUCGACGUCUGUAUCGAAUGUGGCAUCUACUGCGUGUUAA